AUGAGGCUGGUAAACCGGCACGUGGCCGGGCCAACAUGUGCAGACCGGCGCCGAACUUGGGGCCCCUCCACCUCCACCAGGCGCAUGUCGACACACUGCCCUCCUACCACGGCAGAUCAGAUCAGCCUGAUUGCAGUAUUCGCCAAUGUCAACUGCGGGGUUAGAGAGGAAUAG